GUCUGCUGGUAGUGCUCCUGCGAGGCCCCGUUACGCCUUCUUAGACCAGCAGCGUACAGCGGAGGAAGCAUUCAAUGUUAGACAGAGAGGAGAGACGCCUGGUGAAGAUGCUACGCAGCGGUCUGAAGCUCAUGGUCACCCCUGAGCUGUCUUCAGAGACAUACCUCCUUCCCUCCAUCCCCCCAGCCUGCCCCCGGCCCCGCCCGGCCCCCCAGCAGCGGCCCAGGAAGCGCGGCGAGGCGGGCCGGCCCGCGCAGCGCGGCGGGAUGGAGGUGGGCAUGCGCGUGGUGCGCGGCGUCGACUGGAAGUGGGGCAACCAGGAUGACGGCGAGGGCCACGUGGGCACGGUGGUGGAGAUCGGGCGGCAGGGCAGCACCACCACGCCCGACAAGACCGUGGUCGUGCAGUGGGACAGCGGCACCCGCACUAACUACCGCACCGGCUACCAGGGCGCCUUCGACCUGCUGCUGUACGACAACGCCCAGAUCGGUGUCCGUCACUCCAACAUCAUCUGUGACAGCUGCAAGAAGCACGGCAUCAUGGGAAUGCGCUGGAAGUGUAAGGUCUGCUUCGACUACGACCUGUGCACCCAGUGCUACAUGAACAACAAGCACGACCUAAGCCACGCCUUCGAGCGAUAUGAGACGGCGCAUUCUCAGCCAGUGAGCCUGGCGCCGAGACAGAACCUCUCCCGGAUCAUCCUGAAGGGCAUUUUCCAGGGGGUCAAGGUGGUUCGCGGACCAGACUGGGACUGGGGCAACCAAGACGGAGGAGAGGGCAAGAUUGGGAAGGUGGUGGACAUCCGCGGCUGGGACACGGAAUCGGGCCGCAGCGUGGCCAGUGUCACCUGGUCCAACGGGACCACCAACGUCUACAGAAUGGGCCACAAGGGCAAGGUGGACCUCAAAUACGUCUCUGACGUAGCAGGAGGAUAUUACUACAAGGACCACCUUCCGAAGCUAGGCGAACAUGCGGAGCUACAGAGACAGGAGAGCGCAGAUGGGCACACCUUCCAGCAGGGGGACAAGGUCAAGUGUCUGCUGGAGGUGGACAUCCUCAGGCAAAUGCAGGAAGGCCAUGGAGGCUGGAAUCCCAAAAUGGCAGAGUACAUCUGCAGGAUAGGGACUGUGCACAGGAUCACGGACCGGGGUGACGUCAGGGUCCAGUACAGCAAUAACAUCCGCUGGACCUUCCACCCAGGAGCUCUGACUAAGGUGAACACGUUUGGGGUGGGCGACCUGGUGCGCGUCCUGGAGGACAUGGAGACGGUGAAGCGUCUGCAGGCGGGCCAUGGCGAGUGGACAGACAGCAUGGCACCUGCCCUGGGGCAGGUGGGCAAGGUGCUGAAGGUGUACGCCGACGGCGACCUGCGCGUGGCCUUCGGGGGCCAGACCUGGACCUUCAACCCCGCCUGCCUCUCCGCCCAGCCCGUGGAGGUGGACGCCAACCUGAUGACGGCCGAGAACCCCAGCGAAUCAGGAAGCACUGUCAUUUCGGUCCUGGAGAAGCUGCUGUCACAGUCGACGGAACAGGACAACCCGGGCAGGCUGGUCAUCGAGGCGGCGCAUGGCAGCGCUGCCAAGGUGCGGGACCUGGUACAGAAGUAUCCCGAGAAGGUGGACAUAAAGAACCAGGGGAAGACAGCGCUGCAGGUAGCGGCUCACCAGGGCCACAUGGAGGUGGUGAAGGUGCUGCUGCAGGCCAACAGCAGCGUCGAGGUGAAGGAUGAGGACGGGGACACCGCCCUGCAUUACACAGCCUUCGGGAACCAGCCAGAGAUCGCGCAUCUGCUGCUCAGCAAGGGCGCCAACGUCAACCUGCUCAACAACUCCAUGUGCACGGCCCUGCACAUCGCCGUCAACAAGGGCUUCACCGAGGUGGUGCGCGUGCUGUCCGAGCACACCGCCGACGUCAACCUGCAGGACUCCUAUGGAGACACCCCGCUCCACGACGCCAUCGCCAAAGACUUCCGCAAUAUCAUCGAGAUCCUGACGGUCGUGCCCAACAUCGACUUCACCCAGCAGAACAACCGCGGCUUCAAUCUGCUGCACCACGCAGCGCUGAAGGGAAACAAGCUGGCGACGGAGAAGAUCCUGGCCCGCGCGCGCCAGCUGGUGGAUGUGAAGAAGGAGGACGGCUUCUCCGCCCUCCACCUGGCCGCCCUCAACAACCAUCGGGACGUGGCGGAGAUCCUGAUCAAAGAGGGCCGCUGCGAUGUCAACAUUCGCAACAACCGCAACCAGACGCCACUGCAGCUGGCGGUAACGCAAGGCCACGCCGAGCUGGUGCAGCUGCUGGUGUCCGAGGGCGCCGACGUCAACGUGGAGGACGAGGACGGCGACACGGCCAUGCACGUCGCCCUGAGCCGGCAGCAGCUGGCGGCCACCAUGGCAGCCACCGAGGGGGAGGGCUCCUCGCUCUACACACGGCUGAACGGCUCGGGGUUGCUGGGAAACGCAGAGCUGAACGUGGGCGCGGCCAUCGCCUGCUUCCUGGCCCAGGAGGGCGCCGACAUCAAUUACGCCAACCACAAGGGCAAGAGCCCGCUGGACCUGGUGACGGACAGCGCCGUCAUGCAGCUUAUCAAGAGCUUCUCUGACAAGUACAGGCUACAGCAGCUCCAGGCCAUCACCUGUGGCACGGGCGGCAGCAGCAGCAGCCUGCGACGGGUCCACACCACGCCCAACACCAUGACCAACCUGGCCAUGCCCACCCUGCCGGGGCCCAGCGAGUGCCUCAUCUGCUCCGAGCUGGCCCUGCUCGUGCUCUUCUCCCCCUGCCAGCACAGCGUGGCCUGCGAAGAGUGUGCUCAUCGAAUGAAGAAAUGCAUAAAAUGCCAGGUCACCAUCACCAAGAAAAUCCGCCAAGACCAAACGGAGGUGGACUGCAGCCCCAGCUCGGAGAACUCGGAGCAGCACAACCUGCUGGAGCAGCUGCAGUCCCGCUACAGGCAGAUGGAGGAGCGCAUCACCUGCCCCAUCUGCAUCGACAACCACAUCAAGCUGGUCUUCCAGUGCGGCCACGCCUCCUGCAUCGACUGCAGCGCCGCCCUCAAGACCUGCCCCAUCUGCCGGCAGACCAUCCGCGAGAGGAUCCAGUUAUUCGUCUGAUGGGAUACCC